AUGACCGAACCCGACCCUCCGCAAUUGUACACAAAGCCGUCUGCAGACGAGCUGAUCACUCUUCUCGAGAAGCAUAGCCAAAAUGUGAUCCACAACUUUGAGAGCGGCGUGUCAAACGACCCCCAUAAUUUCUACCAGUGGCUCACGACAUUAUGUGCCUCUCCUCUGGCAUGGAUUGAAGACGAGGAUCAGCGAGACGAAAUCUGGCAAAAAGCCGCUCAACGCAUCGCCGAACGCUCCGGUCGAACUGCCAACCCCAAAAUGCUGCGCAAAAUCGAAAUCGACACACUUCCCACCAUUUCCCUGGUAGAGCCGCCUCUCACGGGCGACUUUCUCGGUCUAAAAACCUGGGGCUCGAGCUUCGUAUUGUCUCAAAUCUUCGUAUCAACUCCUGAUUUGCUGAAGGACACAGUCCUGGAGCUAGGAUCCGGCACGGGGCUCUGUGGCAUUGCUACAUCUCUACUUGGUCACCCUACCAUCGCUACUGAUCUACCCGAAAUCGUUGGGAACCUCGAAACCAACUUUGUCGAAAACAAAAUUGAAAACUUCAAGACCCGUACACUUGAUUGGACUAACCCUGGUUCGUUCUUGGAGGACGAAACAACCCCAAACAAGUACACUACAGUUGUGCUGGCAGACCCAGUAUACUCUGAGAACCACCCUCCGUGGAUCAGAGACAUGCUCGAGCAGUUUCUGGACAGAAAGAGCGACUCUAGAGCUGUUAUCUGUGUUCCUCUGCGACGCAAGUUCGAUGAGGUGCGAGAACAGCUCUGGAAGCUGCUGGAUGAAGCUGGUUUCAUUAGAGUGAGAGGAGGAGAAGUCGACGACAAGGAUGAAUUUGGACAUAUGGUGUACACCUGGGGCGAGUGGAAGUGGAGGGAUAUUGUUUGA